AAUCUAAUCUUGAAUAUGCGGCAGUAUCCUGUCAGGUCGACCGUAACUAUAAAAUUUGCUUCCGGAUUAACGGUUACUGCAGUCAUGUUGAUCCACCUUGCCCUGGCAGCUGUUCUCUCGGCAACGGCGGUUUUUGCCGCCGACAAGCGGUCCUCUUCUCAGGCAGCUUCCUAUGUUGCGACACCCUUGCAAAACUACCCGCAACCUCUUAUCCAGCAGACCAACGAAGUGCCCACCUACUCUGACCAAGUUAAUCAAAUCAGCUACCCUUCAGAGCCACAACCGUCUUUGUAUCCUGCCGUAAUGUACCAGACUGUGAACCCAUCCGAAGGAUAUCAAGGUGAACAACAGAACAACGAGCAAUACGCUUCUCCACCAGUUUAUCCUGAGCAAAGGCCAACCAACUUAAUCUACUCAGCACCACCGAGUCAGCCUUCAUCUUACCAAUAUCAACCCUCAAGUAAAUGCACCAUUUGCCAGCCGAGGUUCAUCAGUAUCUGCCCCUUAAGAUGCGUUCCAACUUACCCAAUACAGAACUAUCAACCACCUCAAUAUUCUCCGGUUAAAACCUACACGAUCAACUUGCCGGAUUACAAGGAGGCAAACUACCCUGAGCAGGCUUAUGAUCCUCCCAAUUCGUACCAAAAUCAACCGUACAACAAUCCUCCAGGUUACAAUUCCGUCAGUCCUUCUUAUCCUAGCGGCAAUUCUGGAGGAUCCUAUGCAAAUCGUCCCUCCAACAGCUAUGCAAGCCCAGGAAAAUAUAAAAGUAAUAACGAUGAUAAGGGAGAAAAAUCUUAUGAUACAACAACUUACCGUAAACCAGUCACUACCAUCAAGAAGUAUUCAGACAGGCCACUAUUGAUCAAAAGCAAACCCAUUGGAUAUGUGCGGACUGAAACAAAAGGACCAAAACCUGUCGCCUUUGUGAGGGUAGAUAGUAGCCUUGGCACACCAGUUCAGAUGCUCAGGAACAGAGAUAGGGAUGGAAAUAGACGAAGAAACGACGACGACGAUGAUGAUGACGACGAUGAAAGUGGCAGAAAUGGCGAUCGAAACAAUGACGACGACGAUAAUGACAGCAAUGGCAGAAACAGGGAUGAAAAUGAAAGGGACCGAAAUGACAGAAACAGAGAUGAAAAUGAAAGAGACUGAAAUGACAGAGACAGAUAUGAUAGAAAUCGGGACGAAAAUGACAGAAACGGAGAAGAAAGAGGGUUGCGAUUACUUUGAUUAGAGCUUGAACUUUGCUUCGAAAGCAAACUUGCACUUUUCUCGCCGUCCCAGUGUCAUAAUUUCUGAGCCGACUUGUAAAUAUAUAUUUUAUAUUUUGCAUUAAAUAAACGCAGACAGUUAUUUUAACUUGAUGUUAAUUUAAAAUCUAAAAAAUGUUUCAUUAAAAAAAGAAAACAGGA